AUGUCACUCCUCGCCCGCCCCCCACCCCACGCCACCCACUCCUUCCUCCACCGGCCCAACACCUUCACCCUCCCCUUCCCCACCGGCUCCACCCUCCACUUCACCCUCCCCCUCCCCCUCUCGCGCCUCUCCCCCCUACGCACCCCCGAACUAACCCACCUCCGCACAUACCUCCGCACCCUCCUCUCCUCACACACCCUAACCUCCAACCCCAGCCUCCUCGCCCACAUCCUCUGCCUCCGGCGCACCAUCUCCCUGCGCCUCUCUUGCACGCAGCACCUCACGGCCGUGGAGCAAAAAGCAUGGUACUCCGGCCACGGCAUGCCGGCUUUCGACACGGAGAACAAAGCCGUGGGGUUCCAGUGGUGCUGGGACGCGCUCGAGUUCCAGUUUGGCGUCCAUGUUGUGGCGUGGGUUGUGCGCUGGGUGUACGGAUUCCAGAAGAGAGAUCGGCGGGAGAGAUAUGCGGUGCGGCAGUCGUAUCGGUUCAGGGAGAACGAGGUUACGUGGAAGAAGGUGGAGGUCGGGGGGCAUGAGGUGGUCGAGUGGAGGUGCAAUGGGGAGGAGGUUUGCGUGUGGGUGCAUGGGGCGUGCUUUCGGAGCGUGGAGGAGUGGGAGGUUGUUAGGGAUGAGAUGGAGGGAUAUGAGGUGGGGAUGCUGAAGGAGGGGGUGGCUAAGAUACGGAAUACUGUGCGGGGAGGGUGGGAGUUUGUGGUGUAUGUUGAGGGGGAAGAGGCGGAGGUUGAGGAGUUGUUUGCGGUGGAGAGGUCGGCGUCUGAGGGACUUUCGAAUCGGAGUGAGGGCGACGAUGCGGAGUCGUUUGAUGGAUACUGCUAUGGCGAUGAUGUAGAGCGAAUUGUUGCUCUAGCGUCAGGACUUGGGUCGCUUGCACCGUCUUCCUGCGCCUCUUCUAUCUGCGGCAAUGAAGAAGCCGUUGAACAGACACCGCCAGUACCUCCUCGCGUCGGAGACUUGCUGCAUCAAGCAGAAACGCUAGUCAGCGCAAUCAAGGAUAUCAAUUCGCAACUCUCAUCUACCGAGGAAAAGCCAUCGUCAUCUGCUCAGCAAAGCGAGAUUCCACCCGCUUUGCAAACACAGCCACUCCCAUCCCAAUACGCUGCCUCAACUAUCAGACUCCCACGUCGUGCAGCUGCAAGGCAGCCAAGCACGUUGCAACGAUACCAGGCUUAUGCCGAAGACGAUGAUGAUGGAGGCUCGAUUACUGCUUUGCCGAGCUCAUGGCGCGAUAUUUGA